CAUAGUUCCAUAAUGUUGGCAACGGUGACACCGGUGGCAGACGACGUCCACUAAUCAUCGUGACGAGAUUAUCUUUCACUGAACUUAUGUGUCCAUGUUUAACCAUGUCCAACGCUCAUAUCGAAGCCUUUAUAUGUUAAAGGAUGGAUGAAGUGACUAAAGUAAAUGCGUGACUCUCUGUGGCUGCUAUGUUGUGAUUCAGGUGUGUUUACUAUCCAUGCUGGGAUGAUGCAAUAUUGCCCACUGUUGGUUUUUACUAUUUUAACUCAUUAAGUCUUUUUGGCUUUAAGGAUAUGACACAGUAGUGAACAUGUUUUCUUUGACGGUAAUGUGAUUUUAGGGAACGAGGAAUAAGAUCUUGUGUUUUUUUUCUGUGAUCUGAGAAGACCGAGCUAACGAACUGAUCUGGCGAGGAGGAUAAAAGGCUACCGGCGUCUGCUCUCCCGGCAAAACAAGGUAGAAAGCAAGAUGGAUACAUGGCUGCAGACUUGCCUCUUGCUCUGCCUGUAUGGCUUCUUCAAGGAGAUGAGGCCAUCUGAACCCUUCCUUACUGAAUACUUGAUGGGACCACAGCAAAACCUCACUUCCGACCAGGUGACUUAUGAUGUGUACCCAGUGUGGACAUAUUCCUACCUCGCUCUUCUGAUUGUAGUAUUCCUGCUGACUGACUUGUUGAGGUACAAGCCAGUCAUUGUUUUCGAGGGUAUUGGUUAUGUUAUCACGUGGAGUCUUCUGCUAUGGGCUCGGGGCGUCAGGGCAAUGCAGUUUAUGGAGUUCACGUACGGUAUUGCCACAUCCACUGAAGUAGCGUACUUUACCUAUAUCUAUGCAAAGGUGGCCUCCAAGUUUUAUCAAAGAGUGACGAGCUACACCCGUGCUGCCCUGCUCGCUGGCAGGUUCAUGUCUGGUAUACUUGCACAGGUGCUGACAUCAACAAGACUGAUGGACUACCACACUCUAAACUACAUCUCCCUUACAAGCGUUUCAGUGGCCUUCAUAAUAGCGUGUUGUCUUCCAGCAGUUUCAACCAGCAUUUACUUCCACCGUCAACAGUAUCUCACGACUAAUGAAGGAGAGAGUAGCGUGCGUCUCACUGACAUUAAUUCAAAAGAAUCACUUCAUGCAAAAAUAACAAAGGUUGCCGGAUUCGUCUGGAAUGACUUUAAAAGUGCAUACACCAACAAAUAUUUGCUUAAGUGGUCCAUUUGGUGGGCUUUUGCCACGUGUGGAAAUUACCAGGUGGGUAAUUAUAUCCAGCCUCUGUGGGAGAGUAUUGCUCCAAUGGAUCAAAAUGAUCAGUUGUACAAUGGAGCAGUGGAGGCAAUACAAACAUUGCUCAGUUCUUUGGCAGCAUUCAGUGUGGGUUAUAUUCACUUCAACUGGGAGCUGUUUGGUGAGGGAACACUUGCCAUUAUCUCCUUGCUUGAUGGUCUUCUUCUGCUCUUCAUGGGUUUAUCAUCAUCCAUCAUAGUGGGUUACCUCAACUAUAUCCUCUUCAGAAUUUCUUACCAAGUUCUUAUUACCAUUGCCAGUUAUCAAGUUGCCAAACAACUGACAGCUGAUAGUUAUGGUUUGGUGUUUGGCAUCAACAUGUUUGCAUCACUGCUCCUCCAGUCAGUGCUCACCUUUGUGGUUGUGGAGACUUUGGAAGUUGAAUCAUCAACUCAGUUCAUCAUUUACGGUUCUUACUACAUGAUCCUUGCUCUCGUCUUCUUCCUGCUUUCGACAUAUACAUGUGCAAAGUUGGGCUGUGAUGGGAUUAGAGAAAUUGACGUGUGGGAGCCACAGCCAGAUUGUUCAAACCAAGAGCCUCCUUUGGGAACUACAGAAGCAGUGGUCCUUGAUUACCUUCCUGGAGAAUCAAAAUUUUAGAACAGAAAGUGGAGAAAUGGUGAAAACAGUGAGACCAAUGGCAGAUAUCCAGGAGAAGGAGGAAGUGAAGGUGGCAGUCAACAGGAUGAAGAGAGGGAAGCUAUAGACCAUUAAAUGUAUUAGUGCACUAGGUGAGGGUGUUGAGGGGCUGUUGGGUCAAGGGCAGUAGACCUUUGGAGUGAUGGAAAGAUACUGGAGGAAAAGUAAGAUACAGUAAUGCCAAUAUACAGACAUAGGGUGACAUCAUGAAGAAAAAAUUUAGCUGAUGGAACAUAGACUUUGAAGGCAUUGGUAGACCAUAGGUUUAGGGAAAUAGUGAACAGUGACGAUAUGCAGUCUAUAUUUGUGAAAGGGAAAAGAAAGGAAAAGUGGUUGUUAUGUACAUCAUAUUAGAAAUCCAGGAGAAAGAUUCUGAGGGAAGCAAUAUUUCUUAUUUGUAGAUCUGGAGAAGUUACAUGACAGAAUCCUAAAAGGAGUGGUGGACAGUCAAUGGGGUACCAGGGGAAAAGGGAUCACGGCCCUAGACGGCACUUUCUAAUGGGUGACAUUUUGGGGGUGUAAAUUAAGAUUUGAAUAAGUGGCAAAGCUUUUAAAUUUUUCAAUAAGGCAAGAAUCCUAAUGCCAUAGUAAUGUGUCUUUCACCGUAAAAGAUAUUUUCCGCAUAAAGCAAAGGACUUAUUUGCCUCAAAUCUAAGUCAGUAGGAAAGACAUCAUCCACAGUACUUAACCUUUGCAUGGCCAGGGACAGAGAUAGUGCCCCCCCCCCUUCUUCCUUGAAUAUCUUUCAUUAAAAUAUAUUUUAGAAGCUGCUAUUCUCAGUAGAUGUACGUAGCAUGAAAUGUUUUCCAUCAGAAAAUGCUGACUACAAGUAUCAACAACCUCCAUGACCUUAACGUUGACCCAAAAACAGCAGCAGGUCAAGGAACAAGAACCUGUUUCAUUGCCUUAGUCUGGUAUGUUAGUGCAAGUCUAGUUAGAAAUUUUUGGAAAUAAAAUUUUGCAGAAAACAAUGCACAUUGCAAAUGCUCUCAAUGCACUAUUUUCAAUGCUAUUCAUGAGAAAAAUACCCAAAGUGAUUGUAUUGUGCAAGGUUUCACAGAAAGAAAUUACACACACUACUGUGUCGGCUACAAAUGCGGAAAUCCAACACUGGCCCCAACUUUUCACAAACUUUUAAUUGUGAUUAAAUACACGUUAAAAAUAUUUAUAAAGUUUGAGUACAAUUUGGUAGAAAAAAAUCUUGUCCAUUGAAUAACAUUAAUUUUCUAGAUGAUUCAACCAGUAGGUCUGAAGUUAGACAGGGAUGCAUGCUGCUCAAACUUCUGUCAGUACUAUCACCUUCUCUGGUACUCUUAACCACAUACACUUUUCUCUUACGGUAUCCUCUUUUCCACUGGUUGGCUCAUUAGUCACUUGGGCGGUCGGUCACAUCUCUGUUACGCACUGUGAGCAAUUACUGGGCAUGUAUUGGCUCCUGAAUGUAUCUGUACAUAUGCCAGUGUGGAGUGAACAUCUGCCAGCUCCAGGUAUGGACACUCGACUGAGUAGUGCCCUCUGAGAUGUUUAUAAGCUUCAGUUAGGUCACCCCUUGCCCAUCUAUAGUAUAAGCUUGGCGGUUGCAGGCAUUCUAAUCUCUUUGGGUAACUGAGGCGCUGUACUGCAGGCACCAGUCUGGUGGCCCUCCUUUGGACUUUUUCAGUCAAUUGACAGUCUCUAGCAUAUCUCGAGGACCAGACGGGGUUACAGUGCGCCAGACAGGGAAGCACCUCACUUUUGAAGAGCGUACGAGGGACAGACGUAGAUAUCUGAACGACCUUCUUAUGCACCUUCUUUUCUUCUUCCACACAUGAAGGGGUUUUCUUAAAAAGCAUCUCCCUGUUAAAGCCAAAGACAUUGGCCAUACUGUACUGUACUGUACUGUACAAGCACCAACUAGCAAAAUGCUGACAAUCUCUCAGGUCUUGUCUUUGCUUUUAUUUUUAUUCUACAUCUACAAUUAUUAACCUGAAUUUACCUAAUUUAUUUGUCUACCUAAUUACAUGGAUGUAAAACUGUACCAUUCCAUGCUUAAUUUUUAUAUACAGUAUUCUUGUUUGUAUACUGUACUGUAUAUGACCCUAUUUAUAAUAACUGUAACAGACAAAUGAUGUGCUCUAUUUUAUUUAAAAGUUGAGUAUGAAGCUGAUACAAAUAUUAACAAUAAUUCUUAAAGAUUUUAGGAGAUGUGUUUUGGACAAAUACUGUACAUUAGAAGUUGAGAUACAUGAAUGGGACUAAUUACUUUAUUUGUAGCUUAUUAAGUUUUAAAAGAAUUAUUGCAGUGAUAAAGUAGACUAGAAGUUUGUUAAUUAUUUGAAUAGCAUGAAUGAUAAGAAAGGAUUAUAGAGAAUGUGUGUGAUAAAAGUGAGAUGUGAAUAAGAAGGUUAUGUGAAAGGGGAGAAUGUUGGCUGGGUCUCCCUGUGUGAUGACCUUCAAGAGACAAUUGUACAAGUGUAGUGAAAAGAAAGAUAUGUUUAAUAAAAUUCUGAAAAUACUGUACUCUAUGUUGUAAAUCCACUAACUAUAGUGAGAUACAGGCAGGUGAAGACAUUGAGCAGACUUAUAUGGAUAUGCAUAAAUUUAUAGACUACAACAGCAUACCAAUACAUACUAUACAGUAUACUAUCGGAACAUUUAUAUACUUUUUCAUGAAAUUAUAAUUACGUACCAUAAUUAAUUAAAACAGUUGUGUUAAUGUUACGUUAUCUUUUUGUGGUUGAGCAGAAGAGAAACUUGCCCUAAUUGGUGUAAGCUUGUAGCUACACAUAUAUUUUUUUAGAUAUGCCUCUUAAAAUAGCUAGAGCUUAAACAAUAUUUAGAAUGCUAUUUGCAGGGUGUAUGUACAAUAGUACAGUACUGUGUAAAAACACUGUACAGUAGCAACACAUGGCUGUGCUUGGAGAUCCUUAAGUUUUGUACAAGAAUGUACACUGUACUGUACUGUACUGCACAAGUUAUAAGUACUUUAUACAAUAGUGCAAUAUAUGUAUCAUAAUAAAUUAGCAAUGUGUGGAGAAUAACCAAGGAUAAAAUUAUAGUAAUGUACACCUUUGUGAGCAGUGUGUGGUUAGCUGUGGGUGCUGUAUACAGAAGGUGUUUGGGGAAAUUCCUGGGCUUGCAGUAG